CACAGCGGAUGGUUCCAUUAUCGGGCCAGGGCUAUCUUUAUCCAGCAAGUUGCAUUGUCUUGGCCGCGAAGAACAAUGAACGUCAACGGAGAACUUAUAAGCAGCUCUGGCCUCUCUCCACCAAAGUAUUCUCUCGUUCAAGGCCUGUCUUGGUUGCUUCAUUUUCUUGCUCUCGUUUUCGACUGUGCUAGCUCAACGAGUGUUGCUUGCUGGAGAUGCGCAUCGCUGGCGCUCUCUCCGCCCUGGCCGCUGUGGCCUCGCUGGGCUCCGUCGCAGCUGUCGCGGUCAACCCGUUGCCAGCUCCGCGCAACAUCACUUGGGGAACCUCAGGUCCCAAGGCUGUGUCCAGUUUCCUCACUUUAAAUGCUCCCUAUAAUCAGACCAUCUACGAGGCCUGGGAUCGCACCCUGACCAGCAUCAUCUCGCUACGAUGGACGCCAGCCGCCGUCGAAGCUCCCAUCUCCAGCUACGAAGCUUUCCCCACAGCGACCCCCAAGUCUAAACGCGCCGCAUCAGCCACAGUGACAGCAGUGAAGGUGCAUAUCGAUGAUCUGACAGCUGACUUGCAGCAUGGAGUCGAUGAGUCGUAUACCCUCGAUGUGACUGCAGAUUCACCCAGCGUCAACAUCACUGCGAAGACUGUCUGGGGAGCUCUGCAUGCAUUUACCACACUCCAGCAGAUUGUCAUCUCGGAUGGCAAAGGCGGCUUUCAGAUCGAGCAACCCGUGAGCAUCACAGAUGCGCCGCUAUAUCCAGUUCGCGGUGUCAUGGUCGACACGGGCCGCAACUUUGUCUCCAUCAAGAAGAUCCUCGAACAACUCGACGGUAUGGCUCUGUCGAAGAUGAAUGUCCUGCACUGGCAUCUGGAUGACUCGCAGUCGUGGCCAAUGUAUAUCAACGCCUAUCCGGAGAUGGUCAAGGACGCAUAUUCCCCUUCAGAAACAUUUACGCACGCCGACCUGCUGCAUGUGAUCGCAUACGCUCGUGCUCGCGGCGUCCGCGUACUUCCUGAAGUUGACAUGCCAGGACAUUCUGCAGCUGGCUGGCAGCGAGUUGAUCCCAGCAUUGUGUCCUGCGCCAACUCGUGGUGGUCAAACGAUGACUAUACAUACCACACGGCUGUCGAACCCACCCCAGGCCAGCUCGACAUAUUGAAUAACAAGACCUACGAGGUCGUCAAGAACGUGUACGAUGAGCUGUCCAGCCUCUUUGUCGAUCAUUGGUUCCAUGUCGGUGGUGACGAGCUCCAGACAAACUGCUACAACUUCAGCAGCGACAUUAUGACAUGGCUGGCUCAAAACUCGUCGCGCACCUGGGACGAUGUCGCCCAGUACUGGGUCGACCAUGCGAUCCCGAUCUUCCAAAAUGUCAGCUCUACUCGACGACUAGUAAUGUGGGAGGACAUCUUCAACGCAGAGACGCACGCCCACACCGUCCCCAAGGAUAUAGUCCUGCAGACCUGGAACGGUGGCUUGACAAACAUCAAGAACCUCACUGCCAGCGGCUACGAUAUUAUCGUCUCGUCCUCCGACUUCAUGUACCUCGACUGUGGCUAUGGCGGCUUCGUUACAAACGAUCCUCGUUACGACGUCAUGAGUAACCCAGACCCCAACACUCCCAACUUCAACUACGGCGGUAACGGGGGCUCCUGGUGCGCUCCGUACAAGACCUGGCAGCGCAUCUACGACUACGACUUCACUCUCAACCUCACCGACUCUGAAGCCAAGCACGUCCUUGGCGCCAUAUCACCGCUAUGGUCCGAGCAGGUCGACGACACCGUCAUCUCCGGCAAGAUGUGGCCUCGUGCCGCCGCUCUUGCGGAACUGGUAUGGUCUGGCAACCGCGACGCCGCAGGCAAGAAGCGCACCACACAGAUGACACAGCGUAUCCUCAAUUUCCGCGAGUACCUCGUUGCGAAUGGCGUCCAGGCGGCGCCACUCGUGCCCAAGUACUGUCUAUCUCAUCCGCACGCAUGUGAUCUCUACUACAAUCAGACCGUGAUUCAGUAAACACAUCCCAUUGUACAUAUGCAUGUGGAGAUAUCAUCUGUUGGUUUUAUUGCUAAAUUUAACAUCUGAAAGCGUUUCUGCCUCGAUGAGGGAUGUCGCAUGUUAGCAUCUAUCUAUCUUCUAAUGUACAUAAUUUCUACGCGAUUGAAAUAAAAUAAUCAACCUAGCUGCAUAAUGGA